AAUAUUGUGCAAAUAUGGUAUUUCUUAAUAUGACCAAAGGUCUGCUAGCAGCCAUUGUUCUGGCUGGUUUUCUUGCCGGAUCGGUGCCGGUAAAGGCUCAACCACUGGCUGAAGUACUAACACCUGAGUUCUUCAAUGCGAUUUUGGAUCAGGCAGAUCCAAGUUGUGAAGGGAGGAACUUUUACUCAAGGGAUGCAUUUCUUAAGGCUGCCGAUUCUUUCCCUCAGUUUGGUUCAGUUGAUGGCAUUAGGCGUGAGGUUGCAGCUUUAUUUGCACAUGUCACGCAUGAGACUGGACAUUUCUGCUAUAUAGAAGAGAUAGGCGGCGCAACAAGGGACUACUGUGAUGAGACCGUUACACAGUAUCCGUGCAACCCUGACAGAGGUUACUAUGGCCGUGGACCGAUCCAACUAUCCUGGAAUUUCAACUAUGGACCAGCUGGGGAUAGCAUCGUUGAUGAGCUAAACUCACCUGAAACCGUCGCCACAGACCCUGUUAUAUCGUUCAAGACGGCCUUGUGGUACUGGGUGAACUUUGUCCACCCUGUCAUAGGCCAAGGGUUCGGGGCAACUAUUCGUGCCAUUAAUGGGGCUAUUGAGUGCGAUGGCGGAAACCCUGAUACCGUUCAGGCUCGCGUUAACUACUAUACUCAAUAUUGUAACCAGCUUGGUGUUGAUCCCGGGCAAAAUCUCACCUGCUAGACUUGUACUUUUAAUUGUUACAUGAAAUGUAAUAAAAAUAUCAUAAUAAAACGUCAAUAAAUUAUUCUGCCUUCUACUUAGGACCUUUUAUUUAAUGUUUU